CUUCCUGCUUUUGCAUAUAAAAUAGGUUUCAUUCCUUUCACUUCUACCAGCUGUAUUGCUUACAUUAUUCAGAAAUGUCAAUUUCAGUGACCCUUAGACCUUUCGCAUUAGCUGUUGUUAUUGUCAGCUUCUCUAUAUUCUGCUGCAACUCAGGGAAGGCAUAUAAUGGAGAUGUGCCUCAGACAGGCGCAGGCGGUUUAGAUUACGAGCCUUACACAGGUGCAGGCGGCCUAGGAGGUCAGCCAUAUUCAGGCUCUGGCGGCGUGGGAAGCAUACCCCAAACCGGCGGUGCAGGUGUUUUUGGUGAUGAUCCAGCUGAAAUUGUCGCUAAAGCUUUGCUGUGUUUCAACGAAAGACAUAUUUACAGCAGCUGUGCAGACGACUAUAGAUUGACAGAGAGUGGAAAUUUGAAUGUGCCUCCUGAUUACGUAGAUGAAUACUGCAAUGGACCAUGUCUUACAGAGACACAUUUGGUGCUAAACUGCAUAGAAAACAUCAUGACACACUUUCUGUUCUACAACAAGGCUUCCAUAUAUGCUGUUCGCGGUACAAUCAAGGCAGGAUGUAGCUAUGGUCCGGAAAGAGGUGAUUUCAAUGUCGCUGAGCACCUUCAAUAUGAAGAAAACAGUGCAUACUUCAGCAGAAUCCAGAUUCUCUUUGGACUUGGCUUUGCCUUCAUACUGCAUACUUUAUUGCUUUGACGUUUAUUUAUCUAUGCUGCACGGAUGUGGAAAAGCUCAAAUGGAACACGUUGAAUGAAAAACAAUGAAAUGAUAGUUUUAUAUAUAGAAUUUCGGAAAUAAAAUGUUGAAACUUUGCACUCGAUAAGUUUCUGUAUAAUAUAAAUGUUUAUGAUAACUCUUUUCUUGGAGAUAUGCGGCAGAGCAGAGUGUUUCUUCUGCUACUGUUUAUGUAAUAGAUGGACUAGUUGAUUUCAAUUGAUUGCAAUUUAAUGUAA